AUGAAGGCAGAAGGUGGUCUUAUAUUAAUUUAGAAAUAUACAUAAGAAGAGGAUUGUUUAUUUUGUUAGAAAUAUGGGAGAUUACCAAUUAUAAAGAUUAAUUUUGGUCCACUUUUGAAUCGAGUAUAAAAAUUGUAAAUUAAUUUUCAGGCACUUUAUACUAAAUAUUCAUAAUCUUAAUGGUAAGGUAAAAAAUUUGAAGAUUUCUUUUCAAUUAAGUCGAUAUAAUGGGUUAUAUAAUUUAAAGAUUAAUUAAAUUAUGAUGAGUAAGACGAAUAUUUAAAGAGGUAUUUUUUAAUAAGAAUUUAUUUAAUAGAUAUUAUUCAUAUAAUGAUUAAUAAAAUAAAUUUGAUCAAUUAUUAGAAUAUUAUAAAUAUCAUAAAGAUAUUCCUCGAAUGUUUUUACCUCGAUUAUCAGAUCUAGCUUUAUAUUUUUAUGAGAAAAAAAAGUAUUUAUAAAAUAUAAUUUAGAUAAUUAGAGUAUAGAAAAAUAAAAAUAUAGCUUGGUAUUCCUAUUGAUGACAUUAGCAAUUGCACAUGUAUUUAAUUGUAUAAUGAUUAGAAUAUGAGAAAUUAAAGGAAGACAUUAAAGUUCUCGACAAUCUUACAUAAUAAACAUAAGUAUCCACCCUUUCUAUAUUAAGAGAUAUAUUGAAAUCAAAAGGAAGUGAAGAAAUUGUAGUAAAUGAUCUUUAAUAUUUAGAAUAUUGAUGCUACUUGGAUAACAAUGAUAAACAAUUAAUAACCUAAAACAUAAUAGCCAUCUAAUUUAAAAUUACUCAAGUAAUUGAUUUCUAAAAAUACUUAAUUUUAUAAAGAUAAAUAACAUACAAAUGGUCCUGGAUUAAGUAAAAGAACGAUAUAGAAUUCCCCUUAAUAAAAAGUCCAUUUAAAAACUCUUUCUAAAGAUGCUUCUUAAAAGUCUUUAGUAUCCUCUCAUAAACUCAUUAAUAAUAGCAAUGGAGAUACUGAAUUUUAAAAGUUUUUAAGACAGUAAAUGGUUGCAGUCAACAAUUCUAAUCCUUUCAAUUAAAAUAGUGCUAAAUAAUAAUCUAAACCUAUAAUUUAAACUAGUUACCAAUCCAAAUAAAAUAGUAUGCAUCACAUAAUUAAUACAAGAAGUAUCUCAUCUGAAUAACUUAAAUUAAUUUAAGCCCAAUAAAUGCUUAAACCCAAUAAUCCAAACACUAACAAUUAAUAAUCUCAACAUAAAAAAAGUUAAACUCAAACUCAUUACACUGAAAUCAGUUCUCCUAUUAAACACAAAAAACAAGCCUCAAAUAAAUUAUAUACUAAUAUAGGAAUAGACUUUAAAUAAGCUUUAACUCAAACAAAAUCUACUAAUAAAUUAUUUAAAGUCUAUACUUCGUAAUCAUCCAUUCCUUUAUCAGCAAAUAUUAACAUUAAUAUUAAUUAAUUAAACAUGAACAACCUCAAUAUCAAAUCUUAAUUUUAAUAAUAUAAGGCUAUGCUCGAAAGUCCUAAAGUUAAUUCUAAAAAGAAAAUUCAUUCUAAUGUAGAAACCUAAAGAAUCAACAAUUAUAGUGCUUAAAAUGAUACUACUCCUUUAAAAAAAGCAUAAAUCUCACUUCAAUAAUUAUAUGCUUAAAAAAUCAAAUCAAAAAAUUAGAUUUUUAAAAAAUGA